AGCGUAAGCGAACGCAUCAUAAAUCGUGACGUCAGGAUGUGUACUGCCCAGCCAAGAUGGCUGACAGCAUCCCGUUAAAUCCGGUACGGACGAACUCGAAGCGAAUACCGUAUUACAGCUCAGCCAGGCUUUCAAGAUACUCCGUAGAAGAUGAGCCCUCUAACCUGGACGAGAUGCCUCUGAUGAUGUCGGAGGACGGCUUCGAGAACGACGAGAGCGACUACCAGACGCUGCCCCGGGCCAGAGUCAACCAGAGACGGAGAGGCCUUGGCUGGUUCCUCCUCGGAGGGUGGAAAGUCCUCUGCGGCAGCUGCUGUGACUGCCUGGCCCAUGUCUGUCGGAGGAAGAAGGAGCUGAAGGCCAGGACGGUGUGGCUCGGCUGCCCGGAGAAAUGUGAGGAGAAGUACCCCAAAAACGCCAUCAAAAACCAGAAGUACAACAUCUUCACCUUUGUGCCUGGGGUUCUCUACCAGCAGUUCAAGUUCUUCCUCAAUCUCUACUUCCUGGUGGUGGCCUGCUCCCAGUUUGUGCCGUCUCUGAAAAUCGGAUACUUGUACACGUACUGGGCACCUCUGGGUUUCGUGUUAGUCGUUACGAUGGUGCGAGAGGCCGUGGACGAAGUGCGUCGGUACCGACGCGACAAAGAGAUGAACUCUCAACUCUACAGCAAGCUCACAGUGCGAGGAAAAACUCAAGUGAAGAGCUCAGACAUACAAGUUGGGGACCUGAUCAUCGUUGAUAAGAACCAAAGGAUUCCUGCAGACAUGAUAUUCCUGAGAACAUCAGAGAAAAAUGGUUCAUGUUUCAUCAGAACUGACCAGCUGGACGGAGAAACGGACUGGAAACUGAAGGUUGCUGUCAUCUGCACACAGCGGCUUCCUGCAGUGGGGGAUCUGUUCUCCAUCAGCGCCUAUGUCUACGCCCAGAGGCCUCAGCUGGACAUCCACAGCUUCGAGGGGAACUUCACACGGGAAGACACAGAUCCACAGGUCAUUGAGAGUCUGAGUAUUGAGAACACGCUUUGGGCCAGCACAGUCGUUGCAUCAGGCACGGUGAUCGGGGUGGUGAUCUACACCGGCAAGGAGACCAGAAGCGUACUGAACACGUCCAAUGCCAAGAACAAGGUUGGCUUACUGGACCUCGAGCUGAACCGCCUCACCAAGGCCUUGUUCCUGGCCCAGGUGGUUCUGUCUAUUGUCAUGGUAGCGGUGCAGGGGUUUGUGGGUCCUUGGUUCCGCAACCUCUUCCGAUUCGUUGUGCUUUUCUCUUACAUCAUCCCCAUCAGUUUGCGUGUAAACCUGGACAUGGGGAAGUCGGCCUACGGCUGGAUGAUCAUGAAAGACGAAAACAUCCCCGGGACUGUUGUGAGGACCAGCACCAUCCCAGAAGAACUGGGCCGGCUAGUCUAUCUGCUCACGGACAAGACGGGCACUCUGACACAGAACGAGAUGGUGUUCAAGCGGCUGCACCUGGGAACAGUUUCCUAUGGCACUGACACCAUGGAUGAGAUACAGAACCACAUAGUCCAGUCGUAUGCACAGGUGACCUCCCAGCCCUCCAACGGCAGCGCCAGUGGCUCCACUCCGUCGCGGAAGACCCAGACGCCGGGCCCGAAGGUCCGCAAGAGUGUCAGCAGUCGCAUCCACGAGGCGGUGAAGGCCAUCGCCUUGUGCCACAAUGUCACGCCCGUCUACGAGUCGCACGCCAUCGUGAAUGGAGAGACGGAGUCCGCCGAAGCCGACCAGGACUUCAGUGACGACAACCGCACCUACCAGGCCUCCAGCCCCGACGAGGUGGAGCUGGUGCGGUGGACGCAGAGCGUCGGCCUGACCCUGGUGAACAGAGACCUGACCUCCCUGCAGCUGAGGACUCCCUCUGGACAGAUGCUCUCCUUCCACAUCCUGCAGAUCUUCCCCUUCACCUCCGAGAGCAAAAGAAUGGGCAUCAUCGUCAGGGAGGAAUCGACAGGAGACAUCGCAUUCUACAUGAAAGGGGCUGAUGUUGCCAUGGCGAGCAUCGUCCAGUACAACGACUGGUUGGAGGAAGAGUGUGGGAACAUGGCCAGAGAAGGCCUGAGGACGCUGGUGGUGGCCAAGAAGUCUCUGUCUGAGGAGCAGUACCAGGACUUUGAGAACCGCUACAACCAGGCAAAGCUGAGCAUCCACGACCGAGGCCUGAAGGUCACGGCCGUGGUGGAGAGCCUAGAGAGGGAGAUGGAGCUUCUGUGUCUGACCGGCGUUGAGGACCAGCUCCAGGCGGACGUCCGGCCAACACUGGAGCUGCUGAGGAACGCUGGCAUUAAGAUCUGGAUGCUGACGGGGGACAAGCUGGAGACGGCUACGUGCAUCGCCAAGAGCUCCCACUUGGUGUCCAGAACCCAGGACAUCCACAUCUUCAAACCGAUCUCGAGCAGAGGAGAGGCCCAUCUGGAGCUCAACGCCUUCAGAAGGAAACAUGACUGUGCGCUGGUCAUCUCUGGAGACUCCUUAGAGGUGUGCCUGCGGUAUUACGAGCACGAGUUCGUGGAGCUGGCGUGUCAGUGUCCGGCGGUGGUCUGCUGUCGCUGCUCUCCGACUCAGAAGGCCCAGAUCGUCACGCUCCUCAAGCAGCACACGGCCAACAGAACCUGCGCCAUAGGAGAUGGAGGUAAUGACGUCAGUAUGAUCCAGGCUGCAGACUGUGGCAUCGGUAUUGAAGGAAAGGAAGGGAAGCAGGCGUCUCUGGCCGCAGACUUCUCCAUCACUCAGUUCAAGCACAUCGGCCGCCUGCUCAUGGUCCACGGCAGGAACAGCUACAAGCGCUCUGCGGCAUUGGGUCAAUUCGUCAUGCACAGAGGCAUGAUCAUCUCCACCAUGCAGGCGGUCUUCUCCUCCGUAUUUUACUUUGCCUCUGUGCCCUUGUACCAGGGCUUCCUCAUGGUUGGGUAUGCCACCAUGUACACCAUGUUCCCUGUGUUCUCCUUGGUUCUGGACCAGGAUGUGAAGCCAGAGAUGGCUCUUCUGUACCCAGAGCUUUAUAAAGACCUCACCAAGGGGCGUUCGUUAUCUUUCAAGACUUUCCUCAUUUGGGUUCUGGUCAGUGUGUAUCAAGGUGGCAUCCUCAUGUACAGCGCGCUGGUGCUGUUUGAGGCUGAGUUCGUGCACGUGGUCGCCAUCUCCUUCACAGCGCUCAUCCUCACCGAGCUGCUGAUGGUGGCGCUGACCAUCCGCACCUGGCACUGGCUCAUGGUGGUGGCCGAGUUUUUCAGCCUGGGCUGCUACCUGGCCUCGCUCGCCUUCCUCAACGAGUACUUUGACUUGUCGUUCAUCACCACCUGGCCUUUCCUGUGGAAGGUAUCCGCCAUCACGUUGGUCAGCUGUCUUCCUCUCUACAUAAUCAAAUACCUGAAGCGCAAGUUCUCCCCACCGAGCUACUCCAAACUAUCCUCGUGAGCCCAACUCGGACCACCGGGAUGACGUUUGUUUGGUAGAUUCGUCGCGCUUCUUUGAGCUUUUACCGUUUGAUCCUCGGGGAUGGACAGGUAAGGAACCACUAGGAACAAUCGCUCAUGGAGGGAAGUUAAUUGUUCUUUGGAUUAUGUCACUGAGAUUUGGGAUUACUUGAAAAGAAAAAAAGAUGAGCACAUGAAACAGAAAAUCGACUAUCAAAGGAUGGAUUCAAUCACACAACAGAAGGGCAACAUGGUGCGAGCGACCACACCUCCAACUUGACCCCAGUUUGUCGGAAAACCGGUCAAUCUGCCUUCUUUUUGUUUUAAAGCAGUUUUAAACAAAUCGGCUUCAAAUGUCAUUUUUUACCGUUCUGAUGCAUUUCUUUCAUUGUUUAAAUUUUGAUAUGUGGAGUUUUGAAAAAAAAAGUUAAGUGUUUUAUUUUUUUAUUCCAGGUAUUAUACUAAUUACAGUUUGCUGGCCUGCGGCGUUAAGUUGCUGUAAGGGGUUUGAAAAAAAGAAAAUCAUUGAUUUUGAAUGUUUUCCUGUGUUCCUGUAAAUGAAUAAAUCCUGCCGUCAAGGUAAAGCCUCACUGCGCGUAACCUCUUAAAAUAAGAACAUUUACGCAGAUGGGACUCUUUCAGACCUCAAACGUUCCACGUUGACAUGACAUCAUCAAUCGCCAUCCCCCGUAGUAUACAACCAGCACUCCGUAGUUUUGUGUCCGAAUAUUCGGCCUUGAUUACACCGCUACAUCUGGGGCGUCCGCCGGUGGCCUCCACUCCUCCUGCCGGGACCCUGGCAGCUCGCUUUGUGCCUCAUUAGGAUGUCUGUUAACGUUCUGAAGCUUUUGUGAUGGCCACAUCUGAACUUCUGGGAGCAUGAAAAAGGUUCAAAGUACUUUAAAAAGUGACAACGCAGGAGCCUGAAUCACAGAUGGCUGUUUAUUUUUCGGCCUUCAUUGACAAUAAGACUCCCUCAUUCUGUAGCGGACGUUGACAUUCAGUUCUUCUCUCUUUAUUAAGGAGGAAUGAGUUUUAUCAUUUACUCCACGUAUUGUAGUUUUGAUGGACGAAAGUUAAACGGAUCUGUUGACUGUACGGGAUGCAGUCUAGCUAUGUUUGUCAGUCAGGUUGUCAUCUCUUUGUGAAUCAUCAUAAUUGAGUUAAUCGUUCCUAAACGCGGCUGUAUUGUUUAGUCCAAAUCGGGGCAACCGUACUGUACAAUGUAGCUACGCUAUGAGGAAAAAUGCCAGAUGUGGUCAUUUGGGUUGAGAACGACUGCGACACUUUAAUGCAAAUUAUAUUUUGUUUUUUAAAUUUCUGAUCUCCGGUCCUAAGAGGAGCAAUUCCAAAUGUUGAUUCCUGUGUUUUCUGAUGAGAUCUUUGUUCUUUGUGUAUGUGAUGUUGUAUAAACUUUUCUUUCUCAUCAACUUGCUUUCCGUGACCACCUUCGAUUUAUAAUACUGUCUUUUAUUUAUAAUAUUGUUAUUGAUUGAUUAAUAAUAAAGAGACAACAGAUGCCAAGAAGUUCCCCUUUUUUUUCUAUUCAUAACAGACGCUCAAAGGCAGUAGAGGAUUUAUUCAGCGUGGAGUUCACCAUGUGGCCACUAGAUGGUGAUAGAGACUGAAGAGGCCGUGAAUGAGCAGGACAGUAAAAUACACGGUAUUAUUGAUCCAAAUUCAGUUUAGGAAAAUACUACUGCUCUCCUUAAAUUAUUAAUCCCACAUGUAAUAUUGUUGAUGUGCUCAUAACUGAAUGUA